AUGAGUACAUUGUAUGGGGCCACUGAAGGAGAUAGAAAAGUAUACAUUGUCUACAUGGGAUCACUCCCUGAGGGUGAAUACUCACCAUCGUCGACCCAUCAAACUAUGCUUCAAGAAGUUGUUGAUGGCAGCUCUGUAGAAAAUAUACUGGUUAGAAGUUACAAGAGGAGUUUCAAUGGAUUUGCUGCCAAGCUCACUGAUAAUGAGAGGCAAAAGCUUGCCGCAAUGAAAGGGGUAGUCUCCGUUUUUCCAAGUAGAACUCUCCAGCUUCAUACCACGAGAUCCUGGGAAUUUAUAGGUUUAGGUGAAUCUGUUAAACGAAAUCCCAGUGUUGAGAGUGAUGUUAUAGUGGGAGUUUUGGACACUGGUAUCUGGCCAGAAUCCGAAAGUUUUAGUGAUGAGGGUUUUGGUCCUGCUCCCAAGAAGUGGAAAGGUGCUUGUAAAGGUGGCAGAAAUUUCACUUGCAACAAAAAAAUAAUUGGAGCUCGAGUUUACUCAUUAGACGGUAAAAAUGAAACAGCUAGAGAUACUGACGGUCAUGGAACCCAUACUGCCUCUACGGCUGCUGGCAACAAAGUAAAGGAUGCAAGUUUUUUUGGAGUGGGAAAGGGUACUGCAAGAGGAGGUGUUCCCUCUUCAAGAAUUGCUGUGUAUAAAGUUUGCUCGGAGUCGGGUUGUAAAGGAGCAGAUGUAUUGGCCGGUUUCGAUGAUGCUAUCGCUGAUGGAGUUGACCUUUUAACAGUCUCUUUAGGAGGAGAUCGUACAAUGGAUUUAAGUGAUGAUCCCAUUGCCAUCGGUUCUUUUCAUGCAAUGGCUAAAGGUAUACUGACUUUAAAUUCUGCUGGCAAUUCUGGUUCAUUUUAUGGGUCAACAGCAAGUGUUUCUCCAUGGAUGUUGUCAGUAGCUGCUGCCACAACCGAUCGCCUUUUCAUUGACAGAAUUGUUCUUGGAAAUGGAACGGAAGUAGUGGGAUUUGCUAUUAAUGGCUUCACUCAGAAUGGAAAAAAAUUUCCUCUGGUACUUGGACAUAAAGUCGUAGGCGAUUGCCUUGCAGUGCCUGACUUGUCGUGUUCUGGCAGGUGUCUCGAUAGCAGUUUAGUAAAGGGAAAGAUCGUUUUAUGUGAAAUGCCUGAAGGACCUAUUGUCGCUCAUCAAGCAGCUGCUGCAGGAUCGAUCGUUAGACAAAAAGAAUCAGUUGGCCGGUCUUCCUUUCUCGUUUCUUGGCCAUCAUCGUCAGUGACCUCAAACGAUUAUGACAGUAUCAUCUCCUACAUGGAUUCAACAAAAAACCCUCAAGCAGAGAUACUAAAGACUGAGAGUAUUAAGGAUACUGAAGCUCCUGCUGUUGCUUAUUUCUCUUCUCGUGGUCCAAAUACUAUUCUGCCUGAGAUUCUUAAGCCUGAUAUAAGCGCUCCUGGAGUUGACAUAUUGGCUGCAUAUUCGCUUGUCGCUCCGUUGACCAUUGACGAGGACGAUAAAAGGCAUGUUAAAUUCAAUAUAUUGUCUGGAACCUCGAUGGCGUGCCCUCAUGUUGCUGGUGUAGCUGCUUAUAUUAAAACGUUUCACCCUACUUGGGCGCCUUCUGCCAUCAAAUCUGCUAUAAUGACUACCGCAUUGCCAAUGAAUGAUACCAAGGAUUCACUAGCUGAAUUUUCAUAUGGAUCUGGGUAUAUCAAUCCAAUAAAAGCUAUCAAUCCAGGACUUAUAUACGAAGCUUCUGAAGAAGACUACAUAAGAAUGCUCUGCAGUGCAGGGUAUAGUUCGGAAAAACUUAGACUUAUUACCAGAGAUAACAGCACUUGUCCUGAAGCCUCAAAGAAGACAUCACCAAAGGAUUUCAAUUACCCUUCAAUGGCAUCCCAAAUUUUAGCAGGAAAGUCUUUCACAGUCAACUUUCAUAGAACGGUGACAAAUGUUGGUCUUCCAAACUCCACAUACAAAGUCCAUGUCCUUUCAAACUCAGAAGUUAGAAUCAAAGUAGUACCUGACAUUCUCUCCUUUAAGUCAAUAAAUGAGAAGAAAUCUUUCGAUGUGAUUGUAACUGGUAAAGGUGUUCCUUUGAGUAUUGAAAUAUUAUCUGCAUCUGUUGUGUGGUCUGAUGGCAAGCACAGGGUGAGAAGUCCAAUUGCUCUCAUUCCUAAGGGGGGUUCAAUAUGAAGUUGUUAGUGGCUCAGUGCUCAGACGUCGAAUAAGGUUGAAUAGAUUGGGAUAAUUUAGUGUUAAUUAAAAGUCAUGUUUUAAAGCUAUUUAAAAUGGACAUGGUCGCUGUUCUUACGGAGCUUGAGCGCCUACAUGAGACUGGUUUAGCUGUUAAGGUAAUGGGAUUCUUGCUUCAAUACACAAAAAUAGCUCUUUUAUGGAUUUUAUCUUAAUUUUAUUCAUCCAAGUUGCA